AUGCGACCUCUACCUUCAGAAGAGAUCAACCCGCGACUCAAAGAUGCUAUGAAAGAAUCUGUGGAGAAGUAUCGUCCGUUGAGGCAAAGGACAGUUCGGGAGGAAACUACAACGGACAAGGCAAGGGCUUUCCCACCGGCCGUCUACACGAAGUAAUAAGCUUAAGAUUACACCAAAGUGGACUUGUUGGCGGAAUUAGGGAACGAUUUUAACCAUGGAGAUCAACCAGCAGGGCUCAGUAGCGACAAAGGAGCCGUUCAAGCUACUUCAGAAGGUGGGAAUGUGACAGAUGUCACAUUUGUUGACGACUGCUUUGUUGAAGUAGCAGUUGCUAAGGUGCGAACAUAUGCAGACGAAUAUGACACAGACUCACAAAACGAUUCUUCUGACCGAGAGGAUGAAGACUUUAUCCCAAUUACGGUUUCUAAAUCCGGGCGGCCAAUUCGCGCCCAUUUUCGCUUGGAUUUCUAA